AGGAAACUGACGCUUCCGGGUCGGGUUGGUUUUUUUCCUGAGGUGCUGAGACUGAAGGGAAAGGGACUAGAAUGCAGGCGGCAGUUUGUGGGUCUGCGCUGCUUCAGUGCUGGGAGGGCUGCGUGGGAGUCUCUGGCUAGUGGCUGAGGAGCCCUCGCCUGUCUUCGGCCAGCUUUCGCGGACGCGGCCCGGUCAUGGUGGCCCCCCUCGAGGGCUUUGGACUCUUGGUCUUGUUUCUUUGGGUUUGGAGAUCUGCUGAAACAGAAGUGAUUGGCAUAAUAGGAAGCAGUAUUGAAUUGCAAUGCUGUUAUCCAGAAGAAGAAUCCUUAAACUACAAUAGGAAUCGAAUAUUCUGGCAAAUAAAAGACAGGUUUUCAUGCUUUGUAGCUGGUUAUUUUCCUAAUGAAAAUAUGGAAGCGCACCAGUGUGAAGAAUUCAAACAACGGACUCUAUUAAAUGAGCCAAAACAAGGCAGUGCUUCUUUGCAGCUGUCAAACAUCAGGAUAGCAGAUGAAUUUAUUUAUCAGUGCAUAAUACAGAAAAACACAAAUGGACAGUUUAAGCUCAUUCAUAAUGAAUCCAUAUCUCUCAAAGUGGCAGCAAAUUACAGGAAACCAGUAAUAACAGGUCCUGUUCAGCUCGGAGAAGAAAUAAUGUUUAUGUGCAAUUCAAGCCAUGGCUAUCCAGAACAAAGGCUUUAUUGGAUCAAUGAAAUGGACAAUAGCACCAUGAACAUAACUGUGCAGUUCACCAAAGAGCUUGAUGGGUCUUUCACUAUAUUCAGUACAUUGAAGAUGAAAAUAGCUUCUGAUAUAAAGUUAGGGUGUACAAUUGAACAUAAGCAACUGCAUCAAAAUAUUACUACUACAAUUGAGUUAAAGAAUUCAAAAAACAGUCCUAUAAUUGAUAACAAAUAUCAUAGAAGAGCUGCAGCCUUCAGCAUUCCUAUUGCUGUUCUCAUACCUUUUAUUGCAUGGAUAAGCUGGAAGAUAUAUAAGCAUUCUCUUCAAACAACAUAUACUGCUCCUGUGGAAGCGGUAAAUUUCGAUGGGCCAUAGGUUCCCUGGGAACAGAUCAGAUGACACUGCAGCCCAACCUUGACAAAUUCCUUCACAUAUUGGACAUAGUGUGCUUCAUGAAACUAAAACUGAAUGUUCCCUGAAAAUAACAAAAUUCUAAUGAAAUUUGGCUGAAAAUCUACUGAAGUCAACUUUCAGCUGCAUCUACAAUGGGUCGGAGAUAAAGGCAACCUUCCAAAUACGGUUUUUGACAUGUAAGGUUUUUGAAUCCCUGUAUUUUGUAGUGGUUGUAAGCUAUUACUGUUCUGAGUCAACAAUGGGCAAUUUCAGCCUUCACGGCAUAAGGUCCAAACUUUGAUUGCUUUCUUAUGCUCAUUGGAUGUCCCUCCUAAUUAGAGAAUCUAAAUACCAUAUUGGAGAUUUCAGGGGCUUACAUGCGCUACAAACAUUGUAAAUUAUGAAUGGCAUCACUUACUGAUUAUCUGGCAGAGUUCCCUCAUUGAAUUGGCCGUAUCUGAUUGACUACAUUGCCAUAUCAAGAAAUCUGUUUCUCAAUUCUCCAGUUCCAUAUUUUAUCAUCUCAAGAGAUAUCCCAACAAACUGCUUUUGGGGUCCCCAUUUUGGAUAUACAACCUAUUCCAUCUAAAAAUUCCCAGAACAAAUGCA